AUGGGUCCAGUAACUGGAAUGACUCCAGAUAAGAAAGCUGAAGCACCUGGAGCAGAAAAGGCUGCAGGAUUAAGACAGAUUUACAGAAUGGGAAGCUUGCCUGAAGCAGUUGAUGCUGCUAGGCCGAAGGCCACGUUAGUGGACAGCGAAUCAGCAGAUGAUGAGCUCACAAAUUUGAACUGGCUUCAUGAAAGUACUAAUCUUCUAACAUACUUCAGUCUUGGAAGUGAGGGUCUUCCAAUUGUUAGUCCUAUAUAUGACAUUGAGGGUGAUAACGUGCCAUCUUUCUCACCAUCCUGCUACCAGAAUCUGGAAAAAAAAUCAGCCACUUCCAAACCUCCUUAUUCCUUUAGCCUUCUCAUUUACAUGGCUAUUGAACAGUCUCCUAAUAAAAGUUUGCCAGUCAAAGAAAUCUACAGCUGGAUUCUGGAACGCUUCCCAUACUUUGCCACAGCACCAACAGGGUGGAAGAACUCUGUUCGACACAAUCUUUCCUUGAAUAAAUGUUUCCGAAAGGUGGAGAGAAGCCAUGGCAAGGUGAAUGGAAAAGGUUCAUUAUGGUGUGUUGAUCCGGAAUAUAAGCCAAAUCUUAUACAAGCACUGAAAAAGCAACCUUUUCCCUCAGCACUUGCAUUUUAUACCCCACCGGCAUCACCACCGAGUAGGUCAUCCUGUCCUCAUUACUUAACCUCAGUACUUAAGCAGAAUCAUGGCCGGUCUCUAAAAGAAUCUGAUAUUGAUGCUGCUACUGCAAUGAUGCUGUUAAAUACUUCCAUUGAACAAGGGAUUUUAGACUGUGAGAAGGCCCAACCUCUCAAGAUGCCCAAGAAGAGGAGUUAUGGCAGUGCAUUUAAUCAUCACAGUUCCAUAAACCUGCAAGAAAAUCAUUCUGCAGCCACUAAUAUUGAUCCAAAGGAGGAUCACAAUUACAGUGCUAGCAGCAUGGCUUCACAAUGUUGUGCAUCUAGGUCCAGCAUGUCUUCCUUGUCCUCUGUUGAUGAGGUGUAUGAAUUUAUCUCCAAGACCAGCCAUGCAGGAAGCGAUGGCAGUGAAGGUUUUCAUAGUGAAGUGGAUACGGACAUUGACUAUGAAGAUGACCCUCUUGGAGACAGUGGCUAUGCAUCACAACCUUGUGUAGAUACCUCUGACAAAAGUCAGCCUAGCAAGAAAGCUCUCAAGGAGUUAUGUCAAGAAAUUGAUGAGGAGCUGAAAGAGGCAGCUGGGUCUCUGCUCCACCUGGCUGGAAUCAGCACAUGCUUGGGUUCCCUAAUAAGUACUGCAAAGACCCAAAGUCAAAAGCAGAGGAAAAAAUAG